GGGCAGCAUAACGUUUAAGUAGUCAACAACGCGGUGUGGAGGUGCGGCGCGGUGGAAUUAAAUUCUCACAUUUGCACACGCUCUCGGUAAUAAUAAUAUGUGAUGAUUGAAUACUUGAUGAUUUCGCUUUAUAUGUAACAUAAAUUGCUGCAAGGUGAAUCUACAUGUGAUGUAAAGUACUCGUAUGAUUAGACUAGUCACUCCAUUAUGGAUGCAGACGCUGAUGAUGAUUCCUCGACUUCCAACGACGAUGCCUCCCCAACCACAGUUGAAGAAGUCCUCUCCAUGAUUGAUGCCAGCCUCACUGCCGGCGAUCUAGGCCACGCCUUCAGCGGUUACCUCUACCUCCUCCAAGGUGAGGACCCAGGAUGCAAGGAUCGCAUCCGGGACGACUUUGCCACGGUUCUCCAUCAGUGGGCGGAGCAUCAGGAGGCGGCAGGGAGGCGGGAGGAUGCCCUGUGGUGCUAUGAGGUUGCCAGGAGGCUGUGGCCCGAGAACGCUGAGAUUCACAACAGUAUGGGGGUGUUCCUUCACAGACUGGGACAAGAUGAAGAGGCAGCAUCAUGUUUUCGCCUCGCUCUAGAAAUCGACCCCGGAUUCGCCGGCGCCCAGAAAAACCUGUCCAACAUAGUCGGUUCCCCGUUCCAGGGAUGGCAUUUUCCGAUGCUCAACGACAAGAAGAGGAACGUUGGUUACCAGACUGCCAUAGCUAAGGCUGUUACACAAGGGCACGAUCGGGUACUGGACAUCGGUUCCGGUACCGGACUGCUCAGUGUGUUUGCAGUGAAUGCGGGCGCCAAGUCGGUCUUUGCCUGCGAAGAGUCACAGGAUAUGGUCAGACUGUCACAUGAUGUUUUGGCAGCCAAUCAGAUGCAAGAUAGAGUCCAGCUACUGCAUAAAUUAUCCACGGAUAUGAAAGUGCCGGAAGAUAUACCAAACAGAGUGACCCUUGUGGUGACGGAAAUCUUUGACGCUGGACUUUUUGGAGAAGGAGCUGUCAGUACCCUGCAGCACGCCUGGAAACACCUGUUACUACCUCCAAAGGCAUCCGAUUCACAGCCUGCAGGAUCUUAUGGUCGAGUUAUCCCAGCUGGAGCCACUGUCUUUGCUCAAGUUGUUCAGUGUCAGCACAUACGGAAGCAGUACAGGGUGUUGAAUGAAAGGAUCUGUAACCUUAAUGUACGCGCAGUGAGGUUUGGCACCGAAUGCCAGAAGCCAAUGGGAGGCAACCGGGAGGAGAAGGGAACCUCACAGAAAACCUCAGAAACCUCAGAGAACCUCAGAAAACCUCACUCAGAUUACCAGGAAGAACCGUACACCUCAGAGAGGAUCAGUGAGGUUCCCCUGAGUUACAAGGCAUUGACUCCAGCCAUGAAAGUACUGGAAAUAGACUUCAACGACCCUCAGAUCCUGUCAGCAGACCAUGCAACCAGCGAGUGGAAGCACAUGGACUUCCCUGUCCUCAGCAAUGGCCGUGUGGAUGCUAUCAUAUCCUGGUUUGAUCUACGUCUUGAUGAGACGGAGACUCUCAGCAGCUCACCAGAGAGUGCCUCAUGCUGGGAGCAGGCGGUCUUCCCUGUGUCUUCCAGCAACUUUCCUUUCCCGCAAUCGGAUGGAAACUUUGAAGACACUCUCUGUGUUGAUAAAGGGGCCACUAUCACUGUAGCCAUGUCUUGCCGUGACGAAUGCCUCCACCUCAGAUGUGCAAACAUUACCCAUCAUGCCGCAUCCAAGAUGGAGGAUUCCCUGCCUGCCGGGAAACCAGCUUCAUCCCAUGAAGAGGCAAUGGAGAGCAUGGUUACCAGUUUUGAGCAGAAUCUUGUAACAUCUGCCGACUCAGCUGGCAGAAGUCGUAAAGAAAACUGCUCUGCAGAUUCACCCACCGAUAUCCCUGCUUCUUAUACAUUGCAACCAGACACAAUUUCUAUCCUGAAUGACCAGAAAUUCAACAAUGCCUGUUAUAGUGCAAUAAAGAACCUCAUUUCUGAGAACGAACUAGCAGAAGAACACAUAGACCUUGCCUGUGUAGACUCUUCAUUAACAAAACCAGAGCUUGUCUCAACACAGCAAUCUGCAUCACACCUACAUUCCGACAGCUCCAAAAACUCUUCACACAAGUCCAGAACUUCCAAGUUCUCAGUGCUAGACAUAGCAAGCUCUGCCUCCCUGACUGGUCUCUUUGCAGCAAAACAUUCCUCAUCCACGAGAGUCUGUUUCCCAAAUAGCCAAUCGGAGACCAGGUCUCUUAUACAGACAAUCGCCACAGCCAACGGGAUCGAGGAUUGUGUGGAGUUUGGGUCGGAGCCACACCCCCUGAGUCCAUCUUCAGAGGCGACAUUUGAUGUGUUAGUGGCAGUCUUGGUAGCACCCUGCGGUACACUCAAAGAGCGCGUGCUGGAGGAUAUUGCUGUUGGCAGGGUGUGUGCUUUGAAACCCACGGGUCGGAUCCUACCGGCGUCGGUGUCUGUAUUUGCCAUGUGCAUAGAGUGCGCCAGCCUACAGAGGGACAGUGAAGUGCUGGGUACCGACUCCACCAUGGGAGUCAAGAUUGACGAGUUCAUUAACAAAUACAAGGUGUCCACAUUUCUAGACAUCCACCUGUCAGCGCGGUCCUACAAGCAGCUUAGCCCGCCCUUCCUUCCUUUCCAUCUCAACCUCAACGAGAAACCAAAGCCAGACUCGACAGAUCUGCCCAGCUUCGUCAACCAGACCACGACCCACGCGUUUGAGGCAAUCAACGACGGCACAAUCACAGCGAUACCGUUCUGGUUUGACAUUGGCCUGGACGCGUCCAACCACGUGAAUACAUUGGACAUUGAGACACACUGGAGGCAGGCGGCUUUUCUGCUGCCAGAGGGGCAACUCGUCAGGAAGGGCGACUCUGUGAAAGUAACAGCCACACUUGAGAACAGUUGUUUAGUCUUCCAAGUUGAGGUGGUUAGGUAGUUGUUUUCUUUGUCGCAAUUACGUCCAAAUUAGCAGAUUUUAUUAGUGAAAUAGGAGAAUCUCUUUUGUUUUACAUAAUUUUUAUAUUUUUUUAUCAAAAUGGGUAGGCCAUUUGUACUUCUUGGACUAUUCUGCAAAUUGAAUCUUUUUAUUUACUUUAUACCAUCACUGUUGGCUUUGGUUGUAAUUGCUGUUAAUCGUUCAGUUACUUGAUACUGAAAUUGCACCGACAUAUCAUGAAUUGUACAGUAAGACCAAAUUCAAUUUUGCAUUUAUGAACCAACUACCCAUUCUGCACUGAUGAUAUGGCAUAGUUGACCCUGCUGAAAUCUCAGAAAAGAUCACACAUAAUCCACCUUUGGCCUUAGUCAAGGUUAUCUUUAAUUUCAUAGUUCAAGUGGCGUGGCAGGAUAAUAAACAAGUCUGGUUGUACAAAUGGCAA